UGUGUGUAUUUUAUUUAACCGUGGGUUGAAAGACAAAGUAACGUGUGCUUUAUAUUUUGCAAACGUAACUGAAGUCUGUUGUCUGGCUUAUUUUGGCAGUCGAGCUUGCUUACAUUUGACCACCCUGCUCCAAACUUUCACUUUAAGAAGGCGCGUCUACGCUGCAGUGUAGUGUGUUUAAUACAAUCCUUAAAGUGGCACAUGGAAACCAUAACCGAUUUCUGCAUGGCACAAAUCUAGACCUACAGAUUCUGCCUGUCCAGUGCGAGGAAAUGCUUUGGUGAAACUGAUCCACGGAGGAUAGGUGUUCCUGUAGUGCGUCUGACUAUUUUUAUCUGUGGCAGUGGAUGCGGCAGACUCCUCACCGAGGCGCCCAGCGAGCCGAGGGAAGGAUCGGCGGUUGGGGGGCUUUGGACGACACGAGACCUGAAAUAAUCACCGGUAGAGCCGUCAAAGGUGAAGCACAUUGGGACGUUAGUGAAAUGGAGACACCGCCAGGGACGAGCUGCUGUGAACGCACCUUGGCCAAACGGGAAUAACCGAGCCGUGAAACGGGCUGGGAUGGCAGCAUCCAGCAACUCAAGCCUCUCAGGUUCAUCUUUGUCCUCCGACCCUGAGGAUUACCAACCGCCCAUAUGGAAAUCCUACCUGUACCAGCUACAGCAGGAAGCCCCAAGACCAAAGAGGAUCACAUGUCCUCAGGAGAUGGAGAGCAGACCCAAAUACUACGGCAGAGAAUUUCAUGGCAUGAUCUCCCGAGAAUAUGCAGAUGAGCUACUGGUGGCAGCAGAGGGGUCUUACCUCAUCAGGGAGAGCCAGAGACAGCCAGGGACACACACCUUGGCCUUAAGGUUUGGGCACCAGACACUCAACUACAGAUUGUUCUAUGACGGGAAGCACUUUGUUGGUGAGAAGAGGUUUGAGUCUGUCCAUGACCUAGUGACGGACGCCCUUAUCACUCUCUACAUUGAGACAAAGGCAGCAGAGUACAUUGCCAAAAUGACCACUAACCCCAUCUACGAGCAUCUUGGUUACACCUCGUUGCUCAAGGAUAAGAUGGUGCACAGACUGAGCCGUGGACGAACAGAACCACGCAGGGUCACCUUCCAGGGAGAUGAUAGGAUCUCCUCACCUUUGGUGCGACGGAGUGCCUUGAAAGAUACACAGGAGAAGCAGUGCUCCUAUGAGAAGAUACACAACUUCAAGGUACACACCUUUAGAGGGCCGCACUGGUGCGAGUAUUGUGCCAACUUCAUGUGGGGUCUCAUCGCCCAAGGUGUCCGCUGCUCAGAUUGUGGACUGAAUGUACACAAACAGUGUUCCAAACUGGUUCCGAGCGACUGCCAGCCGGACCUGCGCAGGAUAAAAAAAGUUUUCAGCUGUGACCUCACCACACUCGUCAAAGCUCACAACACGACACGACCCAUGGUGGUGGAUAUGUGUAUUCGAGAAAUAGAGCUGAGAGGUAUGAAAUCGGAAGGUCUCUACCGAGUGUCUGGCUUCUCAGAGCACAUAGAGGACGUGAGGCUUGCCUUUGACCGAGAUGGUGAAAAGGCUGACAUCAGUGCCAGUGCCUAUGCAGACAUCAACAUCAUUGCUGGUGCUUUGAAGCUCUACUUAAGAGACCUUCCCAUUCCAGUCAUUACGUUUGACUUGUAUUCCAAAUUUAUUCAAGCUGCAAAAAUACCAAAUGCUGAUGCCAGACUGGAGGCCAUCCACGAGAGUGUGCUGCAGCUCCCCCCAGCCCACUACGAGACCCUCCGUUACCUGAUGGCUCACCUCAAGAGGGUGACACAGUUUGAAAAGGACAAUUUAAUGAACUCCGAGAACCUGGGGAUUGUCUAUGGUCCAACGCUUAUGCAGCCACCGGAGCAGAAUGCCUUGACAACCCUGAAUGACAUGAGGCAGCAGAAACUAGUGAUACAGCUUAUGAUAGAGCAUGAAGAUGUCUUGUUCUAAGGACUGAGGCAUACAGGCCCGAAACUAAGGACGUUUAUUUAUUCUGUCAAAAAGGAAAUUCAAGCCACCUUGAUUCUAAUGCCGUUUCAGUUUAGUUUGUGAUCAAAUUGAACUUGAAACGCUUCUUUCUCGCAUGACUGUUUUAGUUGAAGUUGGUUUAGUGUUCACAUUGUCUUGUUACUGUACAUUUUGGGGUUUAUACCCAGCCAAGACCAUCAUUUUUAUAUUAGGAAAGGAUCCAGUAUUUUUGAGUACCUACAGUGCUGUUCCCUCUUCUGUUUAAUUUGAAGACUGUCACUACCUGGUGUAGACUCAGUCAUGAUGACAGCGCUGUGUGAAAUCUGCCCCAGGCAGACCGUCAAUCAGUGCCGUCGCUAUGUAAACCAGGCCUCACAGCAGCAGCAUAGCUAAUGUUCCCACCUUACAUGUGUGCAUAUUGUUAAUUUUAGUGGGAACGCUAGUUGAAAUGUAACUGUAGCUCAAAUCAGAUCACGCAAUGGUAAAUAUUUUAACUGUGGGUACUAAAAAUAUGAGACAAUUUGGCACUCAUGAAGCACUUUUUGCAACAAGUGUAAAGAUUUAUUUUGUAAAGAUGUUUAUUUUUGUCUUUUAAUCUGCAUCAUGUCCUUUUGUCACAAUAAUAUAUACUGUUGAGAAUGAUGUUUGUUGAAUUGAUGUCUAAAUACAAAACUGAUCACAAUGGAGAAAAAAAAAAGAAUCAGAAGAGAGACAGUUUGUGGAUUUACCAUUGUCAGUGUACUCCGUGUUAUGGUGAGGAAUACAUAGGUGGAACAAAUACUGGUCAUUUUAAUUCACAUGUCCUAUUGCAAAAUUCUUCUGCACACAUGUUGGUUGCCAGUUUUGUAGUAUUUCCAUUUACAUGUUGUAAUUUUGGAUAUUUUCAGGUAAACAAAUAUAAUCUGGAACCCAUUUUUUUCUUUUAUGAAUGCCAGUAACAUUGCUCAGUGCAGAAGCAGUUGCCAUUCACUUCACGGUGCCAUAGAAGUCAGUAGUCAUACUACAGCUGAACCAAGCAUGUUUCUUUAACACUUGGUUUGAUGUGAUUAAAGUAAAUCCUUUCUACGAAUCCAUUUUAUCAAAAUGUAUUUUUGUGAUGGUUGCAAUUAAAAAUGUAAUUUAUCAAAUGUUGACUUAUUAAAGCAAAGAUAACUUCA